UGCCACGCUGCCGCUCGAGGUCACGUAGAUGCCCAUGCUCUGCCACCUGCACCUCGGCGGCAACUUCUUCUCCGGGGAGAUCCCGCCCGAGUACGGCCGGCGGCCGCGCCUCCAGUACCUCGCCGUCUCCGGGAACGAGCUCUCCGGCAGGAUACCGCCGGAGCUCGGGAACCUCACCAGCCUCAGGGAGCUCUACAUUGGAUACUACAACAGUUACACCGGCGGGCUGCCGCCGGAGCUGGGGAACCUGACCGAGCUCAUCUGCCUCGACGCCGCCAACUGCGGGCUCUCCGGCGAAAUCCCGCCAGAGCUCGGGAGGCUGCAGAAUCUGGACACCUUGUUCUUGCAGGUGAACGUCCUCACCGGCAGCGUACCGUCGGAGCUCGGCUAUCUCAAGAGCCUCAGUUCUCUGGACUUGUCCAACAAUGCGCUCACCGGUGAGAUACCGGCGAGCUUCUCCGAGCUCAAGAACCUGACGCUGCUCAACCUGUUCCGGAACAAGCUGCGUGGCGACAUACCCGAUUUCGUCGGUGACCUGCCCAGCCUCGAGGUGCUGCAGCUGUGGGAGAACAACUUCACCGGCGGUGUGCCACGACGCCUCGGCCGCAACGGCCGCCUCCAGCUGCUCGACCUCUCGUCCAACAAGCUCACCGGCAUGCUUCCGCCGGAGCUCUGCGCGGGUGGCCAGCUGCAGACGCUCAUCGCGCUGGGCAACUUCUUGUUUGGCGCCAUCCCAGACUCGCUCGGCCAGUGCAAGUCCUUGAGCCGCGUCCGUCUCGGGGAGAACUACCUGAACGGCUCAAUUCCGAAGGGGCUCUUCGAAUUGCCGAAGCUGACGCAAGUUGAGCUACAAGAUAACCUCCUCACUGGUAAUUUCCCGGCUGUGAUAGGUGUUGCAGCGCCUAGUCUUGGCGAGAUCAGCCUGUCCAACAACCAGCUUACCGGCGCAUUGCCAGCAUCCCUUGGGAACUUCUCUGGUGUUCAGAAACUACUUCUUGAUAGGAAUUCUUUCUCUGGUGAUGUACCUCCGGAGAUUGGGCGGCUGCAGCAGCUCUCCAAAGCUGACUUUAGCAGCAACAAGUUUGAGGGAGGUGUGCCACCAGAGAUUGGGAAAUGCGGGCUCCUCACUUACUUGGACUCGAGCCAAAACAACCUCUCUGGGAAGAUACCUCCAGCCAUCUCUGGAAUGCGGAUACUGAACUACCUCAACCUGUCCCGUAACCACCUUGAUGGAGAGAUACCUCCAUCCAUCGCAACAAUGCAGAGCUUGACCGCAGUCGACUUCUCGUAUAACAACUUGUCUGGGCUUGUGCCAGGGACUGGACAGUUCAGCUACUUCAAUGCCACAUCUUUCGUUGGCAAUCCAGGCCUGUGUGGACCAUACCUUGGUCCAUGCCGCCCCGGCAUUGCUGGUGCUGAUCACACUCCCCAUGGCCAUGGUGGGUUGACAAAUACCGUCAAGCUCCUCAUUGUGCUUGGCUUGUUGGUUUGCUCCAUUGCAUUUAAUGCAGCAGCAAUCUUGAAGGCCCGGUCACUGAAGAAAGCUAGUGAAGCGCGUAUCAUGUACCAUGUCAUGGAUGAAAUAUCGCCGAAGAAAAUUUGGGACAAGUUGGAAGAGCAGUUUAUGUCCAAGACAUUGACCCGAAAGUUGUACCUGAAGCAGAAAUUUUAUGGGCUGAAGAUGCAGGAGGGGUCGGAUCUUGCAGAGCAUAUUAAUGUCUUCAAUCAAUUAAUUGCUGAUCUUGAGAAAGUCGACGUGAAGAUUGAUGAGGAAGAUAGUGCUAUUAUUCUUCUUUGUUCGUUGCCGGGGUCUUAUGAGCAUUUGGUUACUACACUUACAUAUGGCAAGGAGGAUGUUAAGGUGGAUGUUAAGGUGGAUGGAAUUGUUACUGCUUUACUCGGUCAUGAGUAA